GACGAAGAGGUGAUGUAAUGUGGCGAAACUUUGAUUGGACGGCCAUUCUGGCCAUGUGGACGAUAUUCCUGAUUUUGAACAACGGCUUAACUGGUGAACAGGUUCUCAAUAAUCCACAAAACAACAAUGAAGACUCUUCUUAUAAAGUUCAUCAUGAAGAAACGUAUCACGUUUUUUAUAAGAACGUUGAUGAUGAUUCGAGGUUACGAUACGCGAGAGAGAAUUUUAAAUCAAAUGAUCGUUCACCAAUGCAUGUAAAAGCAAUUUCUCUGGAAUUCAAAAAUACGGAAAAUCGCGAUUCGCGACUCAGUGAAUAUGAAAAGCACAUCACGAUGUCAAAUGCAAUGACGACAACGAAGUACUUGAAAGACGACAAACGUGCGCGACUGAUUACAAAAAGAGCACCAACAGAAAACAUAUGGUUGUCAAAAGUUAUCGAUAUGAAAAAGUCACAAAAUGCAAGAAAUGAUCUUAAAUUCAUCUCUAGCCUACGCCCAUUGCCAACGUUUCGAGAAUCGAAAAGUACCUCAAAAUGGAGAAGACGUAAGAAAAGAAUUAUCAAUGUGUUCUUGAACGAUCAUAAAAAGGUAGAAAUGAUAAGACCCGAUACUCAGGCGUUGGAUAAGAAAGAUGGACAAUGGAAAAAGCACGAGACGGAUCAAGUCUUCAGUGAAGAAAACGGAAUGACCGCAUUCUUUCCAGACAAAUUCACAAAGAGUCCGCGUAGCGAGAAAGAUACCUUUCAACAAAAGUUUAAAAAUUUCGAUAUCUCGCAACUCGAUACUAUGAAAAAUAUCGAUUCCAAAUAUACCAAUGAAAAACACAAACACAAUAGAGAUGAAAGAGGUUCCUGCCAAAGUCUCAAGCAGACAAAAAACAACACGAAUAAAGUGAUUUACAUUAAAGCCAAUGGCGAGUCUCAAAGAAUAGAUCCAACUUUUUCAAAUUACUUACGUUCAAAGGAAGAUCGGAGUCGUGGGAGUGAAACUAUUAUAACUACCACAGAUAACGCGAUCAUAGAAAAUUCAUUCUACGAUCAUUCCGUACCUGUCACUAGAACUACAUUAAUCUUUAGCUCCGAAAUCUCGAACAUAAAUAGAGAAGUUGGUGAUGAAGAAAACACCGUAAGUCCGUAUUACUCUUCGGAGGACGAAUAUUCGAAAUCGCAUAAAACGGAUAAGUUUCUAGCAACCAAAACGUACAAACGCAACGAAUAUUCAAAGAUAGGAUUUAAAGUAAGUACAGAUACACAUAGGAACAAGAAAGAAAAUAGGAAUAUCGAUUUGUUCACUUUUCACAUAUUAAAUUCGCUCGACAACCAUUUUACUAGAAAAAGAAUCAGCUUUACGAGACGUCCCUUUGUAUAUAAGAAAAGGAAUUUAUUAAAAGCAAAUGAUAUAUCUGAUUCGCAAUAUCAAUAUCAUUAUUCAAAAAGUAAUAAUAAUGUGAGAAUAAAUAGAAAAAUAGCGAAUCUUAGCAAAAUGCAUAUAAGAAAAAAAACCGAAGAAGAGAAGAUUACUGCCGCUGCAAACUACGCGACGCACAACAUGCAUAAAUUCGAACGUAAUUUGUUACCAACUAAUUUAUAUACCAAGAAAAAUGACAAAUCCGACUUAAGUUAUCAGAUACCAACGCGUAUUUCAGUCACGCAGAAAAGGAAUCCAACGCACGUACGAUACAUCGAAUCCGACGCGAACUGUGAGUCGCGGACAACAGAGUUCGAAACCGAAGUUCGUGACGCAUUUCGAAUUAACCUCUGGAAUGUCUCCGAUCCAUCGAGGAUCGCAAAAUUCAGCAGCCUCCCCGGGAAAGCUCAUGAACGCCCGAAAUACUCGAGGAAAUUUCACGCAAUCAAUAUCAGCACACAGCCUCCACAUAUCGCUAAGACAACUGAUGGAGGAUCAGAACUCGACGAAGAGCCUCGAAGAACUUCAACCGAGAGCGAAUCUAUCUUUUUCGGUGCAACGAAUGUCAGCGAUAAUUCGACCGGGAUGCAGAAGAUUAAUGGGCAUGUGCAGUCAUCGAGCGAACUUACGGAUGAGUCCGGAUUAGAAAAUGUCAGAGUUACGACGAGACGAGGUAAAAAUCAUCAUGACACGCAUGAAGAAUCUGGAUUUUAUUCACGAAGCGGCGGUGUCCAUAACUCAAAGAAUCGACGAUAUAAACGUCAUGAAGAUCGGAAUACUCCAGGGAUCUCGACAUUAACCAAAUUCGACAGUGAGACGUGGAAGAUACCCGAUACGGCAAGGGCAACAGUAACAUCGAAAUCGCUAAUCGAAUUUACUAUGAAUCCAUCCAUUUCGACGAUUCAAACAAAUAACAAAUAUCAAACAUCAACUGACACGAAAAAAGUUCUUACAUCUAUGGAAACACUGCCGCAUACUUCGAAAUAUAAAGAGUUCCAGAAAGAGUGGCAAUCAAUCUCAUUGACGACCGAUCGCGACGAAAGAUACACAAACACUCCGACAACAAUGGGUUCUGAUGCUUCUGAUUCAUUAAAGAUAUCAUUGAUAGAUACUCCGAAAACGUUAAAUGUCAGUUUGGUAAAUACGCAAUUCCAAAUCAAAGCGCUCGAUCGAUCGAGCGUGAUAACCAAAAUAGGCAAUUCUAUUAUUCCGAAAGAGGUUCCUUCAUCUACGGAAUCAAAUGUAUCCGACGCUACAAACAAGAACCUCUUCGAUGUGUCUUCGACCGAGCUCAUUAAUUCGCAAGAGGAACACGGUAAUGAAUCCGUUUGGACCAUUGACCCACUUCGUCAAAGGAAUAGUAAUCCUUCUCAAGGUGUCUCCGAGAACAUUACUAUGGAGAACAUCGUCGACUCAUCGGCCGGUGACGUGCACUCAGAUCAGUGGCCUGUAAAACAUAGCGCGGUGGUGGAAGGUGAUCUUGUCCUCGGGGGACUAAUGAUGGUGCACGAAAGGGAAGAUACAAUUACAUGCGGACGUGUAAUGUCUCAGGGUGGAGUUCAGGCUCUGGAAGCCAUGCUGUAUACGCUGGAUGCUCUCAAUGAUCGGGAGAUUGUGCCUGGAGUCAAGAUCGGGGCGCAUAUACUCGAUGACUGUGACAAGGACACGUACGGUCUUGAGAUGGCAGUGGAUUUCAUUAAAGGUUCGAUAAGCAACAUAGAUGGCGCGGAAUAUCACUGCAACAAGACUGCCGUGCGAAAAGUAAUCAGUGGCGUCGUUGGUGCAGCGAGUUCAGUAACUUCGAUUCAGGUUGCCAAUCUCCUACGAUUGUUCAAAAUACCUCAAGUCUCUUUUUUCUCGACGAGCCCAGAGCUUUCCAAUAAGCAACGUUUCGAGUAUUUCAGCCGUACUAUACCUAGCGAUCACUAUCAAGUCAAAGCGAUGGUCGAUAUUGUAUUGUCGAUGGGUUGGAGCUAUGUUUCCAUCAUUUACGAGGAGAGUAACUAUGGUGUAAAGGCUUUCGAGGAACUUGAGGAACUACUAGGGAAAUAUAACAUAUGUAUCGCCAUCAAAGAAAAGUUGGUAAAGGACUCCGGAGUCGCCGAGGAGGUUGCCUACGAUGAAAUAGUUUCAAAGUUGCUGACAAAAUCGCGAGCAAGAGGUUGCAUUAUCUUCGGUUCCGAUCAAGAAGUCGCCGGGGUCAUGAGGGCGGUCAGGCGUCGUAAAGCGACCGGGGUUUUUUCUUGGAUUGGAAGCGACGGCUGGAGUGCAAGAGGAUUAGUGAGUAACGGUAACGAGCCGGAAGUCGAGGGCACUCUAUCGGUCCAACCUCAGGCGAAUCCCGUUAAGGGUUUCGAAGAGUAUUUCCUCAACUUGACCGUUGAGAACAAUCGCAGAAAUCCCUGGUUUGUCGAAUUUUGGGAAGACCAUUUUAAAUGUCAAUAUCCAAACGCGCCUCGGACGCCAUAUAACGUAAAUUACACGAAAAAUUGCACAACGAAGGAACGUCUUACCAAACAAAAUACGGAAUUCGAAGACCAACUGCAAUUUGUUUCCGAUGCAGUAAUGGCAUUCGCUUACGCUUUUCGAGAUAUGCACACCGAUCUUUGCCACGGAAAAGCGGGAUUGUGCGAUGAAAUGAAACCGAUUAACGGAACGCUACUUUUGCAGUACCUGCGCCAUGUGGAUUUCGAGGGUCUAAGCGGAGACAAAUUCAAAUUCGACAAGGACGGAGAUGGACCAGCACGGUACAACAUCAUACAUUUCAAGCAAACCGAAGCGGGCAAGUACAAGUGGAUUCGCGUUGGCAAAUACUUGGAAGGCGAACUGCGACUGAACAUGUCGGAAAUCCAAUUUAAGCUUGGACAUCCUCAGCCACCCGAAAGCGUAUGUUCCUUGCCUUGCGAAGUCGGUCAGGCAAAGAAAUACGUCGAGGGUGAAAGAUGCUGCUGGCAUUGCUUUAAUUGUACUCAAUAUCAGAUACGGCAUUCUGAAGAUGAGACGCAGUGUAUGCAGUGUGAACGAGGUACGCUGCCGGAUGAAACACAUUCGAUAUGCCGGGAAGUUCCAGAGGAAUUCCUACGUCCAGAAAGUGGUUGGGCAAUAGGUGCAAUGUCUUUUUCUGCCACGGGGAUGUUGGUGACAUUAUUUGUCUGCGGAGUUUUCCUCAAACACAAUGAUACGCCUGUUGUACGCGCGUCUGGACGAGAACUAUCUUAUGUUCUUCUCUCGGGAAUUCUGCUCUGUUACCUCGUCACAUUCACUCUGAUAUUCAAGCCCACGCACAUUGUCUGCGGUAUUCAAAGAUUCGCCGCAGGCUUUUGCUUCACGGUAGUAUACGCGGCUUUGUUAACGAAGACCAAUCGGAUCUCAAGAAUCUUCAACGCCGGGAGUGCAAAGAGGCCGUCCUUCAUAUCACCACGAUCACAACUUAUUAUCUGUUCCGGAUUGAUCUCCGUGCAAAUCUUAAUUAACAUAGUUUGGAUGAUUAUCGAUCCUGCUAGAGCGAUGCAUCACUAUCCUACGAUGGAAGACAAUCUGCUCGUAUGCAACAACUACAUAGAUACCAGCUAUAUGAUCGCAUUUACAUAUCCCAUAAUAUUGAUAAUUGUGUGUACUAUCUACGCCAUCCUUACGAGAAAAAUUCCAGAAGCUUUCAACGAGAGUAAACACAUCGGUUUAACGAUGUAUACAACAUGCGUCAUAUGGCUUGCUUUCGUACCUUUGUACUAUGGUACCGGAAGCAACGUUGCGUUGAGAAUUACCUCAAUGUCUGUAACAAUCAGUCUUUCUGCAUCCGUGACGGUGGUUUGCCUCUUCAGUCCAAAGCUGUAUAUUAUUUUAAUCCGGCCUGAGAGAAACGUACGUCCAACCGUAAGGGCAGGAAGGCCCAACCCGACGAAAAGUUCGGCGAUAACUGCCACAAAUGCUUCGAGUAUGAUAGGACCGGUGACAGCAACGACAGUUUUGACAGCUGCAACUUGCGAUCAAAAUAAAGCCAUCAAGAAACAUAUCGCGUCCACAAUGGACUGCUCCACUCAAAGCGAAUGCUACGAAAUGGAAACGAAGGAACGAAAAAACGGGGAUUCGGUAGCCACGUGCAUUUCGCGAUCAACGCAGACAACUGUCAAUGAGAAAGAAUUUGUGGCCGUCGUGACGAGUAAUAAAAAAUCGCCGGAUGUGAUCGUGUCCGCGAAUAACAUGGAAUCAAUAAAUAAUACGACAACGAAACGAAUUAACAGCAAUGCGAGAAUAGGUAAUGGACCGCUUUCUCAAAGCGACGUUUCCUUAUAGCGGAAGAUAGAGCUGUCAACAGAAUCACCGGUAUUAACUGUUAGUUUAAAACCGAUCUCGAAGAAUCCCGUUAUUGUCUGAUUUAUUCAACUGUAUAUAUACGAUAGAUCUACGCCAACAUAUUUUUCAGCAUAACGAGAUAGGCAAAAUAUCAAUUUUGAAGAUGAUUUGAAAAAGCAAUUAAACGUCAGAUAUCUCUUAUCAGAGUUCGACCGCAAAAUAAUAACAACCAGACGCCAAAUAAAUUGUCAAGUAACACGUACUUAAAAUUAUUCGUACGAUUGGAUUAGAGUUGAGUAAAUCUGAAG